ACCCAUGCGAAAAAGCUCGAGCCCGCAGUGAAGCACUCUGGUUCAGCGCUUCUCGUGGGGAGGAGAUUUAACCACCUACAACUUGACAAUACAAACCUAUCCCCCUUCUUUUUUCUUUCCCCUUUCCACGGACUUAGACGGUGUGAAAACUUAUAAGGCAAAUUUUCAAAACUUUUUUGUUGUUUUUUUUCGCAACUAAAACCAGUCGUGGCACAAACUACCGCUCGUCGCAUUCAAGGAUCCUGCUCGGUUCUCCAUGAAAGAGGGAGUGCGGCAGCAAAUUUGGGGAAAAGAGAUGUCAGCGACCGUCUUGUCUGCUUUCUACGACAUGGACAUGCUUUAUAAGCAGCAAGAUAAAGGCAUGAACAUGAACCUCCACAUCAACAGCAUGCUGGAUAAGAAAGCAGUGGGCGCCCCGGUCACUGCUCCGGGCUCUGGCGGCCCCUUCACUCCGGGAUUUUUCCGCAGAAACUCAACCAGCAACGUGGAGGCGAUGAACAACGGCAACAAAUACUCGAUCGGCUCCUACAGCAGUCUGAAGGAGAACAUGCCUAGCACAAACAGUAGCGCCACGGCCCUCAUGAACAAGGAGAACAAGUUCCGCGACCGCGCUUACAGCGAGAACGGAGACCGGGGCGUGCUCCAGCAGAAACCCGGCUCUCAGAUCAACUCCACCCGCUACAAGACCGAGCUGUGCCGGCCCUUCGAGGAGAACGGUUCGUGCAAAUACGGGGAGAAAUGCCAAUUCGCUCACGGCUACCACGAGUUGAGGAGUUUGUCCCGCCACCCUAAAUACAAAACGGAGCCGUGUCGCACCUUCCACACCAUCGGUUUCUGUCCCUACGGUCCCCGGUGUCACUUUAUUCACAACGCCGACGAGCGUCGGCCCGCUCCGCCGGCCAACGCUAACGUGCAGGCAUCGGAGUCUCGCGCAGCUCGUGAGAUUUGCGGCUAUGGUCAGAGGGACAUCCUGCCGUCACAGCAGCUAGGCUACACCCAGAGGGACAGACCAAAGCUUCACCACAGCCUAAGCUUCUCUGGCUUCUCCACCCACCACGGACUCGAAUCUCCCCUGCUGGAAAGCCCCACGUCCCGGACCCCGCCACCUCCCACUACAGCCUCCUCCUGCACCUCCGUCUCCAGCUUCUAUGACGAAGUCCUGUCCCCCAACCCGGUGUCCUGCAUCAACAGUGCCUUCUCUUUCCCUGGCCAGGACUUAAAAGCCUUACUUGCCCCCCUGGCUGUGCACACCCCCAGUGGCUACCCCAACAACCACUCCACCGGUGCCUACUACGGUAACAUGCAGAGCAGCGCGUGCCCCUCUUCUCCUCCGACCUACAACAUGAGCCACUUGCAGGCGCUGCGCCGCCUCAACGAGUCGCCAGUGUUCGAGCCUCCUCCCAGCCCGCCAGACUCGCUCUCUGACCGGGAGAGCUACGCGAGCGGGUCCCUCGGCUCUUCCGGGAGCCUCAGCGGCUCCGAGUCUCCGACUCUGGACGCUGGAAGACGUUUGCCAAUCUUCAGCAGGCUGUCGAUUUCAGAUGAUUAAUAUGCUUUGUUUGCGUAUGGAUUAUGGACAGGUCAGGUGGGGGGGUUUGGUGAUGAUGGCCGAGCAGUCAAGAAGGGGGUGUGUGUCUGAGUGAGACGGUUCUUCAAGCAGAGGAUCCCAAGUUUAACUCCCCUCACCUCCUCACCCCUCGACCACCAUUUCAGCAUCAUCCACCACGCUGAUGUGCCUUUGAGCAAGACUUUGAAAUCCCUACCAGCUCCAGGGGGUGCAGACCCAGCUCCGACCUCCCUGGAGGCGGGCAAGAGACUGAGUCUCAUCCACAAGGAUCAGUUAAGCAUACAGUUUCAAGUAUCCUUGGCCUGGCAUUAGUGUAGUUUUUUUUUCUUUGUAUGUAAUAUAGCUGUAUUAAAAACUUUAGAUAGCAAACAGAAGGCAUUCCAUCAGUGCCUUGCCCAAGGGCUCAUGGCAGCCCCUCUCCCUUAUUGCUCUAUCAGGCAAGCCAUGCUUUUCCUGGGAUUAGAUGUGUGUAACAUGACUUGACAAGAAGAGACUGUAAGCGGUGUCAGAUUUCCUCCCAUCCUGCCAAGAAUAUGCCUUGACUUAAAGUAACACUUUUUCUUCUUCUUUGUUUUUUGUUUUGUUGUUUUUUUCUGAAAGCUUCAAUUUCCAUUCCAGAUUUGCCUACUCCCAGCGCCACCCAGUGGUUUGUUUGGUUAGAUUAGUCUGUUGCUUGGUUAAAAAGCUCUCUUGAGUUGGGUUUGUUUGGGGGAAAUCACUGCUGAUGGGUGAAUAUAUAUAUAUUUUUUUAGCUUUUUUUGUUUGUUUGUUUUUUGUUUUUUUUCUUUUCGAGUGAUUUACAUAGCAGUGCCUAACUGGCUAUGGACUAUUUAACUUAUUUAUUAUCUUGUGAAAAAACAAAGUAUAGGCUACAUUGGUAAUUUUUGUGUCCAUACUGUAUUUAUCAAGUAUGAUGAAGCAAUAGAUCUAUAUUCUUUUAUGUUUAAAUUAUGAUCGCCAUUAUUAAUCUGCAUAAAGUGGAGUGUAUGUUCUUUUCACAGUAAUAUAUAUAUUGUUUUUUCUCCUUUUUUGUAACUUCACUUGGUUAUUUUUAUUGUAAAUGAGUAAAAACAAAAUCUUAAUUUAAGAGAACGUAUGUGAUAUUUAUUUCAUUAAUUUUGUUUCCUUGUUUACGUUUAUUAAAAAAAAAGUUUGCGUGAUUGCUGUUUGCUCCUGAGGUUGUGUGUCAGAGCUGUAGAAGGCCUUUUUUUUCUGGAUCACCCCUAUUUAGAUGUUUCUGUAGAAUGUAUAGAGGUUGUACUGACCGUCCAAACCUUCCUUCUUUUUGUUCUAGAUCAGACGUUUAAGUGACAAAGAACCCAAGUCAAUAAAUUAACCAAAAAAGUAUUUUUUUUUUCUUUAAAAUUUUUAUUUUCUCUCCUGUUUGCACGAGGUCACACUGUGAUUCCAGCCACGUGCUAAAGAAUGUAGCAAUCCCUUGUGCCCCAGUAUUAUGAUGUAGUGCCUAUGGGGUUCACCAUCUUUACAUGCCUUAAAAUUAACCAAAUAAAGUAUUUUUCCUACAUGGCAUAUUUUUUUAUAUACAAGUUAAACUGAAUGUAGUGUUGGAUUCUCUUUCCUUUUUUUUUUUUUUGUAAGGUUGUUACCACUCAGACACUCUGACAAAAGCAGCCGUAACCUUUCUAUAAGUCCCCAUUCCUCUUGAUUUCCUCCCCUUUUUAAAUUUUUUAAAAAAAUAAUAUUAAAAUCUAGUUUUGCGAGUUUGUUGGAGAGGGAAGUGGAUGAACACGUUUGAUUUGUACAUAGUAGGUACAGGGGGAUGCGCACUAUGUACUUUUGACUACUUUAUCAGAAGUAAAGCUUUUUGAAUGUAACAGGAUAAAAAAAAAGACAACAAGAGUUGUGAUAUUUUUCGGGAGUCAGUUCACUACAAAUUGAGUGUGAGACUGUUAACUUUGUACUGUACAUUUUUUGUAGUUCUCCCAAUAAAAGUAAUUUUGAAAAAGUU